AGAAGAAAAAAAUUGUCAACGGACGUCUGGCUCAGUUUCUGCUUCCGAUUGGAACAGUAACAAACGUUCCAGCAACAGCAAUUUAUAUCGCCCUUGCUUCUAUGUUCAUUGUUCAGACCUUCCAUCCCAACCUUUUGAGUUUCACCUCCUCCAUCCUUAUUUGGUAAAUAUAUGGAGUUACAUUGCAGUUUGUUAAGUUUACAAGGUAUAAAUUGUCCAAACGACACUGUAUUGACCAAUCUAUUUUUGAUAUUUUUUAUUACAUAGUCUAUCGUCCACAAUAGCAACACUUGCUUCCUCCCCCAUUCCUGCUGCUACACCAAUAGCUGUUCAAGGCGUUGUUUUACAAGUCAUUGGGAUCCCAACAGCCGAUAUUGGAUUAAUUGUGGCAAUUGAUUGGUUUGUGUAA